AUGCCUUCUCUCAAAAAACUUGUCGCUAAAAUUACCAAUAAAUCUAACGUUGCUACAAGAUCGAUCCCUCCUCAAGAACAGAUUUAUGAUAAUGCAUGGUCAGAUUUUGAACAAGGGGAGGAGUGGAAUGUUGAAGAACCGUCUGGUUCAACCGGCAUUAAAGAAGAUUUUGGACCUUCUUCAAUGCAAGCUGAACGAGAGAAUCCUUCUGUUGUGGUAAUAGAAGAAACUCUGUUCAAGAGUUACACUUUUGAAUUCUUGUUGUUGCGGUUGAAUCUUUCGGAGGGAGAUGUUGUGAGGUUCAUUGACCCAUGCCUGGUACAUUACAGUCAGGCGUUGAUAAGUAAUGUGUUCCAGAUGGGCAAUGACCUUGAUAACACUAUCCAGGAUCUGUUGGAUGGCAAG